UAGCGAUAUACUGGUUUCCAAGUGAUGGGAUUCAGUCGAACUCGUUAUAACCAUCGGUGUACCACCAAAUAAUAUUAGCAUAUUAUUAUAAUGGUCGGUCGAAUGAUCGAAUAGUUAUUUUUUAUUUUAAUAUUCGUAUGGUUUUAUCUGCUGUUCGCAAUGUUUAUAAUAUUAUUUAUCAUCAUUACUUUCACCGAUUUCGGGUUAAUCGUUUUGUAGGACGACAGUAGACGACGGGUAUACUGCAACGUCGACAACGAUUAAAAUACUGUCUUAAAAUCAUAUUCAUCUGCAUCACGAAGGCUGAUUAAUCUAGCCUUCAUGCGUCGAUCAUUGUAGCUGUAACGGAGCGUCUGACAUAAUGAUAUACACAUUAUACCGUUUUUAUUGACCGUCAAAACUACAGCGGCUAUAGUCGCGAUGUUGUCAUCGUAUCGUGCGGACGUUAUAUAUUUGAACGCAAUACCUUAAACCAUUUUGUUAUAAUAAACAAUUUACAAUGCAUAAUUUGAUCGUCUACCGAGUAAUAUAAUUCUAAUUGUUUUGACUUAGUGAAUAAUAUUAUACGCGUGUUUGUGUUUGUGUUUUUUUUUGUUGUCAAUGAUAAUAUCACAAUAGUUCUCGAAGAAGAACGGCGCAAAUAAUCUGUUAUUUUUUUACUAUGAGAUCCGACGAGAUGGUGGAAGCGCUGUCAACUGGUUUUCAAAAUCUCUACAACAAGUACACCAGAUCGGAAAACGGGCCGCAGGAUGACGGAAGGUGUGAAAUAUACAUAGUGCCGCCGAACAAAAAAUCAGCCAACACAGUGGUGUUGGUGGACAAUAACACGUCGCAAGGUUUCCAGCGGUACCGUCCGAAAGCCCGCAAAUCGUUCGAGUUCGACGUCAAACAGCUGUGCAUAUCCAAACAUUUGAAAUGGCAAAUCAUGAGACAGAGCAGAUUGCGUACAUCCACGGGACAAUGUUGUCCGAUUUGCAUACCCAAUAUUGCGAAUGGUAAUGAAAGAGUCGUGUCGAAUUUAAGAAACUUAUUGGAUAUAUACAACAUCAAAACCGUAAAAAAGUCAAUGUUCGGUUGUUUCGUCGACGAUCUAAAGUUUUUCUACCAGCUCAAAAGCCAAGAGUACAAAUACAUAUAUGAUGAAGUUUUGGAAGACGAAGUUGUAGUAAAAGCAAUUAGUACAGUCGCACGUAAUGCGUGUGCUGAUGAUUUGGCCGACGGCGAUAGCCGUUUUGACGAAGAGAUUAAAACACAGCAAGCAAACACGAGGUGCAUACUAACGAUCAUAAGCGCAAAUGCGAAAAACUGGGUUUACAAGGUAAUCGGUUGGUUCACGUACCGUAUGGUCUCUUUGUUGGCCACCAGUCUCGUGGUCCAGCCAGCUCAAAUUGAAAGAGUUAGAGAAGCAGAACAGAGUGGCUUACCCGUUAUUUAUUUACCGUUGCAUAAGAGUCACAUGGACUAUAUACUUUUGGGAUUAGUGUUGACAAUGAAUAACAUCAAACCACCUUUGGUAGCGGCUGGAGAGAACCUCAGGGUUUUCUUCAUUAGCAAACUGUUGAGUUUCUUGGGGGCAUUUUACAUCAAGAGACACGUAGAUACAAAAAAAGAUCAACUGUAUUGGUCAGUUUUGAGUAGUUAUAUUAAAAACAGUAUGAAAAAUGGACACCAUAUAGAAUUCUUUUUAGAAGGUGCCAGAACUAGAAGUGGAAAAUGUUGUGUACCUAAAGCUGGCUUAUUGAGUAUCAUUGUGGAUGCUUACCGUGAAAAAGUUAUUGAAGAUGCUUGGAUUAUUCCUGUUUCUAUGAAUUACGACCGAAUAUUGGAAGGGAAUUUUGUCAGAGAACAACUUGGCCAACCAAAAAAGAAAGAGACUUUUUUUGUUGCUAUAUGGACAUUUAUUAAAGCUAUUUGUUCACACUAUGGAAUAAUGAGGGUGGAUUUUAACAGGCCAUAUAGAUUGCGAGAUUUGUAUGAAUCAAUUGAUAAAUUGACACAAUUAGAAAAUGAAUCCUUAAGUAAGAAUGGUAUGGAAGUGAUGUCUCCAACUAUUUGUUAUAAAAAUACAGUAGACAGAAUGGCAAAACAUAUAGUUUAUGAUUGUUGGAAAUCAACUCCUAUAAUGUCAACACAUGCGGUAUGCUUUUUACUUUUGAAUAAGUAUAGAAAUGGUACUACUAUAGAACAAUUAGCUAAAGAUUUAUCGAUCUUGCGUGAUAAAUUGAGUCAAGGUGAUAGAGAUGUCGGUUUCAGUGGAAAGUCAAUAGAAGUUAUCAAACAUGCACUUGAUCUCUUAGGGCCAAAAUUAGUUGUAUAUGAAAACACUGAUAAUGGCCAUUUUGUUAAACCAAUUCUUGAUGUAUCAGCCUUAAUAGAACUGUCAUAUUAUGCAAAUAAUCUUAUUUCCCAUUUUAUGCAUAAAUCAAUUGUGGCUCUUACAAUAUUUAAAUUAGUCAGCCAGGAGUUUUGGAAUACAAGUAUAACAGAAAAAAAAAUCUCAAGGAAAGAAUUGGUUGAAGAUGUGUUAUUUCUUUUCAACUUAUUACAAUUUGAUUUUGUUUUUAUUAAAUCUUGUGAUAGUCUAGAUAAUAUUGUGGAAAGAGUGAUUAGAAGUUUCGAGGAAGAAGAUAUUAUUUUGAUAGAUAUGAUGCUUGAAGAAGAGAGACGUAGCCAUAAUAUGGCAAAACAGUUAGAUUAUGAUUCUGAUUCUGAUGAUGAUUAUCAACAGUCACAUGUUGAAGUUGAUAUUCAUUAUCGUGUUAAUACUAAUGUAAGCAGUUUGAAUAAGUUAAAGUUUUAUCGGUCAGUUAUGAUGCCAUACUUAGAAUGCAUGGCUGAAAGUGCUGGAAGUUUUCUUGCUUUGUCAGAAAGUUCAGUGACAGAACGUCAACAUAUACAAACAAUUUUAAACCAAAUGCAUGAGAAUUUAGAAGAAGGAAUUUUAUCUUAUGGUGAAAGUAUAUCUGUCGAUACCAUAAAACAUUCAUUUUUGGCAUUUGAAAAAUUUAAUUGUUUACAAAUCACAACAAAAGAUAAUAUUAAGACAUUGUGUGUUAAUAACCAGUCAAGUGAGUCAAAUGAAGGGAUGAAGGUUAUGUCAGAAUAUAUUGAGGAAUUUGUUAAGCAAAUAAAUUAAAGUUGUAUAAAGUAAUUUGUGUUUGAUAGUAUUAUCAUAAUUUAAGACUAAAUUGUACACUGUACAGUUAUUUAAUUAUGAUUGGAUUAACUGGUUUUAUUGUAAAAUGUUAUUUAUUUACAAUAUUUAAAGACAUAAACUAUAUUAUUACAAAUCAUUUUCAAAGACAUGCUCAAAUUAUUGUAUUUAAAAUAAUUGUUUGUCUUAAUUUUUUUUUUUUUUUUGUUUUAUCUUUAAAUGUUAAGUUUUAGAUUAUAUCUGUAUCUAUGUUAAUAGGUAUAUUUUAUGUUUAACAUUGUUAAAUUGAGAUAUUUUAUAUUGUAAAUUCUGUAAUUGUAUUUAAUAUUGUAUAAAAAACUAAACCUUUAAGACAAAUCAAUGUCCAUAUUUAUGAGACAUAAUCCUUGUAUUAGUUAUAAAAGACCAAGACUUUUUUUUCAAAUUUAUUUUAUUUAAGUUGUAUGAUUAUUUAAAAAUAAAUUACUUAUUUUUAAUGGUAAUAUACCAAAUAAUAUGAGCAAUUUAAAAUGUUUUCUUUUUGCUAUAACACAAAAUUUGUUCUGGAUGGUUUUCAUUUGUGUGUAUUUAUAUAGUGCUAAGUUGUAUUUGUACACAAUUGACCAAGAUAAAAUAUAUACCUUUAAUGAGUAAUGUUUUUA